GACGACUGAAAUGACAGAGAACUGUGUCCCUUUAACAGGUUUGACUGGUUUAGUUUUCAUUUUGCUUUCAGUUUGUUUUGCGUGUUAAAAUCUAGUUUCCACUGACGAAGACACUUGAGGGUCAAGCACAGGAUGAGCCAAUAAACUCUGCGUCUCACACCAGUCUGAAGUAUUUGACAAACCCGGCUGAAUCCUCUUGAUGAAAAGAUGGCAAAACCUGCAAGUGAAGAUAUCAAAAGCUGUGAAGAAUUGGAACAACUUUUGAGUACAUAUGCAGAACAAAUUCAGGAGCUGUGUCAUCUUUACAACACACAUACCAAAAGUGAUGAAAGCCAAAAACAAGUUCCAAAACAAAACCAACAGCUCUUCAAGGAAACUGAAGAUAAAUCAUUCGAUGUCUCAUCUACUUUGAAAUCAGGAAUAAAGUUGAUAAAGAGAAUAAUACAGCAGAGGAAACAUGAUUCUGAUGUUGUCCAGCCGUGUUGUUCCUGGAGUUUAGCAGGAGAUCUGAGUGAAACCGAAAGACUUGAUAUGAUUCAGCAUGAUCAACAGAUGAUGGAACUUGUGAAACACCACACAGAGUAUCCUGCAGUCUUAUUGAUAUUUAAUGACUUCAGAAGAGUUUGCCAUAAAAUGGGCAUUAAUACAGCAUCACAAAGACAGUGUCAAACUUGUGCCGGUGUCAGGGACUCCUAUAAAUGGGACCCGAUUGAACCCUCUCUGAUCUCAGAGGAUGCACAGUUGAAGUACAGACUACAGCUUAAAUCAGGCCGUUACGAAUGCAGCAGGACUGGUCUUCGUAUCGAUUGCUCCCGUUCUGUUCAGCUUAAGUAUCACAUUUGUGACUGGGAAUGUGUAGCUGAUUUUCCAGAAAUGGAGGGCUUUACACCGUGCGGCCCCUUGAUGGAUAUUGCCAUCAUCUCAGGAAAACCAAAGGCAGUCUAUCUACCCCACUUUCUGUGUUUAGGUGGAUCUCCCAUUAAAGAUGAAGUGAAGGUUGUUCAUGUUGAAGACAGUGGGAUUUCAUUUGAGACGAAAGGUCUUCUUUUGAGGAAUGGCUUCUCUGUGUAUUACCACUGUGAAACACUAAUCUAUGAAACUCAGAAAUCAUACCUGACACUUCAUGUGUACUUGAUUCCAAGUGAGAAAAAAAUGAUAGAGGCUGCUGAAAACAAUGAGAAUAAAAUCAAGUCAAAGCUCAUCUCAAAGCCAGGGCCUGUAUCCUCACUUCAGACGAAGACUUGCUAUUCACUGAGGACACUGGAUGAGAAUAAGAAGUUUGAGUGCCGUUCUGAAGUUCAACCCAAACAGUUAGAGCUCAAGUACAAGCCCAUAAAUCCAGACUUCUUUGAAGUAUUCAUUGCUGCUCCAACGGAUUUUCACCUUCAGCUGAUACAACGACAUCGCAGUGAAGGUGUUUGGGAAGCCAAAAUACGUGACGGUGAUUACACCCAGAGAGUUUCUUCAGAGGGUCAUCAGCCUGCAGAGACUGUAGAGACUGACGCUGCACCGAAAAGUGAACGCUGCAAAAACAGUAAACGCGCUGAGUUUGUGGAGAAACACGAGAUAGAGUUGAUCAGAAGGGUCUCACUGAUGGAGCCCAUUGCAGACGACAUGAAACCUCUGAUUGGUGAUGAAAAAUACCAAAUCAUCUUAAAUUCAGGAACACCACAAGACAAAAUGAGAAAGCUUCUGAACUUUAUCACAACAACUAAACUGAAAGAGAAACUUUACCAGAGUCUUCUAAAACAUGAGCGCUUCCUUGUUGAAGAGUUGGAGAGUUCGGAGUAGAUGCUCUUUAUGUGUCAGUACAAUUAAUUCAAGAUGUAGGGCCCUAUGAAAUCUGUUUUAUUUUUUUAU